AUGAACGGCCUCACCGUCGCAUCCGUGCUGGCGUUCAUUGCCGCCAGUAUCGACUCGGUCUGGGCCUACGAGUACCCCAACAUCCCCGCCGACAAGACCACCCCAACGCAGACCCGUCUCUCGUUCCAAGCCCUCAACGCAGUCUCGGUCGCCUGGAACACCUACGAGAAGGUCUCCAAGCCCUGCGUCGCUUACGGCACCUCUGCCGACACCCUCGAUAAGCGCGUCUGCUCUUCCAACUCGGAAACCUACGCGACCUCGCGCACCUGGUUCCAGAACGUCGUCUUGCCCGACCUUGCUCCCGCCACUACCUACUACUACAAGAUCGACUCCACCAACUCCACUGUCAAUUCGUUCAAGAGCGCACGCAGCCCCGGCGACACCUCCAGUUUCGUCGUCAACGCCGUCAUCGACAUGGGUGUCUACGGUCUUGAUGGGUACACCACCACCAUGAAGCGUGACAUCCCCUACAUCCCGCCCAGUCUCACUCACUCGACCAUCGAACAGCUUGUGCAGAGUGCCGACCUCUACGACUUUGUCAUCCACCCCGGCGACUUCGCCUAUGCUGACGACUGGUUCUUGCGUCCUCAGAACUUGCUGGAUGGCAAGGAUGCCUAUGCUGCCAUCACCGAGCUCUUCUUCGACCAGCUCAGCUACGUCUCCAGGACCAAGCCCUAUCAGGUAUCGUUAGGCAACCAUGAGGUUAGCUGCCGCGAGGUCGCAUACUACCAAGGAGCUUGCCCCGAGGGCCAGUACAACGUUACCGACUAUUCGAAGAGGUUCGGCCCCAACAUGCCUACGACUUUUGCUUCGCAGAGCACCGACGAUGCUGCCAAGGCGAGUGCUGCGGCGGCUCAGAAGCUCGCCUUGCCUCCCUUCUGGUACUCGUUCGACUAUGGCAUGGUGCACUUUGUUUCAAUCAACACGGAGACCGACUUUGCCGAUGCUCCCGACACGUCCAAGCUGGACGCGGGUCCGUUCGGACGCCCUAACCAGCAGAUUGAGUUCCUCAAAGCCGAUCUUGCCUCGGUCGAUCGCAAGGUGACGCCCUGGGUCAUCGCCAUGGGCCACCGCCCGUGGUACAGCACCGGCGGAAGCGACAACAUCUGCUCCGAAUGCCAAACCGCGUUCGAAGACAUCUUCUACCAGUACGGCGUCGACCUCUUUGUCGCCGGUCACGUGCACAACCUGCAGCGUCAACAGCCCAUCUACAACGGCACCGUCGACCCUGCUGGCUUGAACAACCCAAAGGCGCCCUGGUACAUCGUCGCUGGUGCUGCAGGCAACAUCGAAGGCUUGGAAGGCGUCGAGUCCAUGCCAUCGUACACAGCGUUCGCUGACGGUGUCCACAACGGUUACGCGCGUCUUACGUUCCAGGACGUCAACCACUUGAAGGUCGAGAUGAUUCACUCGACCGACGGCGGCGUGCUCGACUCGGCUGUUCUGUACAAGGCGCACACUGAUCAACUUGUCCAGCAGACCAUUCCCGCAAAGAGCAAGAGGUCGUUGCCCGGCUCCUUGUUCAACCUCGGUAGCGCGUUCACCCGCGAUGCUUGA